GGCAAUUCAGACGGGCGAUUUGAAGUAUUUCUCCGUUUUGUCGCUGGUCUCUCCUCCACACGGGCAGCUUGGAUCCUGGAGGAGUUUCUGGGUAAAUUCCCUCAUCAAACAAUCUGCCGAGUGAGUGACUGGGUGAAGGGGGAGGUUAAACGCCGGGCUGGAAACAUAGAGAGUGAAGCUGGUAAACGGAGGCUCCUGAACACGAUGCACUACCUGUUUGAGUCACAGAAUCCUGCACUGGCUCAGCAGACACUGGGAUCUGUGGAAACACUUUCAUUCCGUGGACUGGGACUGACCCCGAUUGACUGUGUGGUCCUGUCUCAUGUCAUCAGGCUCUGUGAUACAAUCAAAUACCUCGAUCUGGUGAACUGCCGCAUUCAGUGUGAAGGUCUCCAGCGGCUGGGACCGGCUCUGCACAAGUGUCAGGACUUGAGACUGGGAGGCAACAACCUGGGAGAUUCUGGAGUGAAACUGGUGUCUGCGGCUCUGAGGAACCCGGACUGUAAAAUACAGACACUGUGGCUGGAAUAUGUCGGUCUCACAGAUUCUGGAGCCGAGGAUCUCACCUCCGCCCUCAGUACAAACCAUACGGUGACGGUGCUGUGGCUGAGUGAUAAUGAACUGGGAGAUUCCGGAGUGAAACUGGUGUCUGCGGCUCUGAGGAAACCGGACUGUAAAAUACAAAGACUGGGGCUGGACAGUGUCGGUCUCACAGAUUCUGGAGCCGAGGAUCUCGCCUCCGCUCUCAGUACAAACCCCUCACUGACGGAGCUGAACCUGCAUGGGAAUAAACUGGGAGAUUCCGGAGUGAAACUGGUGUCUGCGGCUCUGAGGAACCCGGACUGUAAAAUACAGAGACUGAAGCUGGACAGUGUCGGUCUCACAGAUUCUGGAGCCGAGGAUCUCGUCUCCGCUCUCAGUACAAAGCCCUCACUGAUGUGGCUGUACCUGACAGGCAACUCCCUCACAGACCGAUGUGUCCCCGCUCUCCGCGACCUCAUACUGACCCUCCCAAGACUGGAGCUGAUCGGGCUGGGGGAGAAUAAGUUCAGUCCAACCGGGAAGAAGGAACUGAGGUCGCUGCAGGAACCCAGACCCGGACUGAAAAUGUUUGUGUGAACAUCUCGUGGUGUAAAUGUCACCGCCCUGGGGACUGGAAUAUUGUUGGCCGAU